AUGGAGAACGGUACAGGUUACGGUUCUUCUAAAGAAAACGCCAAAACCCAGCAAAACUCGGCAUUACAACUGGUAAGAACUAAUAGGGAGGGUCAUUCAUUCAGCCAGAAUCAUUUAAGCCUCAUCAAGCUGCUAUCAUCUUUUAAGACAAAGUUGAGAUUUAAAGUUCUAGUUCAUUGAUCAAUAGAUGGUUUUGCAUCUGGUGUUCACAUAUUACACUUACAUACUUCCCUUUAGAUAGCAGGAAACGAAACUUGGCAAUGUAGACGGCUAAAAUUUUAACUGUGUGUCACUUAAGCCUUUGUACGUUUAAAUGGUAUUUUUUUUUAUUAUAACUUAAUAAUUUUCCCCCUGUUUCACGUGUCAUGUAUGCUUCACGGAAGCCCGAUCGGGAAAUAUUAUUUUCUUGAAAGAGAAAUGUUAAAUUCCUGAGCUACAAGAUAAAACUAUUGUUUUAAUGUUAAAAUUUUCGUUUAUAUCGUGGCAACAGGAUUUAGUUUCGCUGAUCGCAAUAAAGUUGGAAAUUACAACUUAAAACACCUCAAUUAAUUCGACUUGCUUGAAAUUUGGUGAAACUACUGCAUGAUAAAUAGUCUAGUGAAACUGUAAUGUAUAUUCUGUUCAAUGCAUCCAAAGGUGGCCCACAUGUUUCAUUUCUGGUUUAUUAAAAAAAAGAGAGAGAGAGUUAAUUUUUUUUUCUGGAAAAAGUUUGAACUUCGAACCAAAUUCAAGUUGUCUUUUUAAAUCACUGUAAAGAGUAAUUGACAAUAUUUAAUGAUUUAUUUCAAUUUAGAAUUACUUUUGGUGAAACAUCAAACUUUCUGGAAACAGGUAAGCAAUCUCUUUAGUUCAAAUUAUUCACUGGUAACUUUCAUCUAGUCUUCAUUAAGUUAAUGAAGAAAAACCAAAUAUAUUUGUUGUAUAUUUGAUUGGUUGAUGUAAUUGUUUGUCUAAGCAGAGGAAAGGGAUACACAGCUUGAAAUUUCUGUUAAAAUGGAGAGUUACCCAGUAAAUCAAUGCGAUAAUCAGGAACCAGAGAGUGGUGAGCCACAGGAGGCAACAGAAAAUAGAAAGGAAAUGUUGCAUCAUUCUUCCAAAAGAAAAGGCUCUCCCAGGAAUCAACAGCGAAAUUAUCGCAGGAGGUCAUUUUCAGAAUCACCUGAAAGAUCCCCAGAAACAUCAAAAGAGCAGUCUCCUGUUUCACGAAGGCAGAAUAGACAUUCAGAUCAAGGUGGUAAGUCAUUAAUAAAUCCAUGGUUGAUAAUAGAUAAGUGAAGUAUUUAAGUUAAAACAAAUCAAUAGAAUUAAGCAUCUUUUGGAUAGAAAAAUGCUGUUGCUACUUAUGAAUGCCUUAGUUUUUGCAAAUUGCUUUGCUGCUCAAACAUCUGGAGCAAUACUAGCAAUAGGAACAUUGACAAAUUACAAAAAGUUAAAAACUUUGCUCGAGGAAUUUUUCUGGGACUUAGAAAAUAUGAUCAUAUUUCUGAAGGACUAAGAUCAUUGAAUUGGCUUUCUACUAAAGAUAGACUAAAAUUGAAUUAUGCAACUACGGUUUUCAAAUGCAUUUAUAAUCUUGCUCCAGAUAACCUUGCAAAUAAGUUUAGGCUACGUUCUUGUGUUCAUGACAGGCAAACCGGAUCAACUAGUACCCUGGAUAUACCCUUUUGCCGCCUUUCAACUGGUUAGAGGUCUUUUGCUUAUAGAGGAGCAAAACUGUGGAACUCAUUAAGCACCAAUCUUAAGUGUCUAAAAUGUCCCUAGAAAUUUAAGUGUCAAUUUACUAAGCUGGAAUUAGGUUAACUUCAUUAUUCAGUAUUUUUAUUCUUCUGAUAUAUAUAUAUAUAUAUAUAUAUAUAUAUAUAUAUAUAUAUAUAUAUAUAUAUAUAUAUAUAUAUAUAUAUAUAUAUAUAUAUAUAUAUACACACCGCAAUUUCUUGCCGUUUACCCGCACAGCCGAUUACCCACACCGGCCAUUUAUUGCAUACAGCGAAAAAAAAAAAGUCAACAGAUUACCCGCACUGGUGGAUAACCCGCACGUUAUGUUAUUCAACUUUUUGGUGGCGAAAACAUAGGGUGAUACAUUUCAGUCUUUUAAAAGUUGUCUGAUCUAACUUUCGAAAACUGGAAAGCGUCUUUGUCGAGUUUAAAGAUCAAAGAAAUUCAGACGUGCACAAUUCUGUGUCAAUAUUAGUAUGUACUUUACUGAUAAAAUUAUACAAUAAAAACACUAGCGGCCCAUGGUGAUUGUUCAGCGCCAUGUUGAUUUGUUGAAAGAAAGCUGGGUGAGUGUUAAACUUGAAUUAUAAGGUACUGUCGGCGAUUUCUGAUAAAAAUCAAUAUCUCCAGUUCUACUGAGCCUAGCAAGUCCCUAAAAACGGGGAAAUUCUCUUUAGCUCAAGCUAGUGUUAAAUGGGAAAUUUGUUACUGAUGCGCUGGAUAUCUUUGGAUUAUUUUUGUCACCAUCAAGGUUUUGCUUUCACACAUGGUGAUAGCAAUUUGUUCGUCACGCAACUAAUUAUGCAUGAAAUAAACUUGAGUUGGCAUCAUGUUUUCGUGCCGCUUUGUGGCACUCUUAAUACAAUAAAAUUCAUUUAAGUGGUGGAAACGCAUGUUGGUGAUAUUUUUUUUCAAUUCAACUGCUAGUAGAUUUUAAGAUUGUCACAUAACCCGCACCUCCCUAUUACCUGCAGUGGUGCAUGUUUAAUGCAAAAUCAACAGAUUACCCGCUGGUAAAUGGCCAAAAAUUAUGGUAUAUGUAUAUAUAUUUAGCUGUAACUAUAGUUUUAUGUUCUUUGAUUUUAGUCUUUUUUUUUUUUUAACCAUUUGUAUUGAUGCUAAAAAACCCAUUCAGGGAGCUUCAAUAAAGAUCUGUAUCUGUAAAGAGGUGUGGUGGCUUUAUGGUUAGUUCUGGGUCAGGUUGUUCAAAGCUGGGUUAGAAUAGCCCAUGGUUAGUGUUAAAUCUGAUUUCAGAUUUUUUAGUCCAGUUCUUUUUGUCUAAAUUCGAUGAUUGCAUGCCCCAAAAAGAUUAAAGAAAGAUAUCCAAAAAAGGCUUUUCAAGAAACAAAUUAAGAAAGCUGGUAUAAUCAGGUCCCAGCAGCUGCAAAGGAAUCUGAGGAAAAGCUGGAAAUAGCCUGGGAUUAAAGAAGAGAAACACUUAUCAGGGUUUUUUGUAAAUAUACCAUUUUGGAAUCUGAACCACAAAGAAGCUGUCAGAAAUAAAUUAAAGUCAUCAACAACAAAAAAACAACAACAACAAAAAACAAGAGAGUUGAAGAAUAAAGAAGAGUAGAUGUAAAGGGGAAAGGGCAUUUGUGUCUUGUUACAAGAUGUUUUAUACAUACAUAGUAUAAUAUACUUACUUGUACAAUACUGGUCAAAGAAACCUCAUAAACUUUGAGGAAUUGAUUCAAUGAUUAUGCAAGAGCAGACAGGUCUCAGAGGUUGCACAUGCCUUGGAUUGUGAAUCAUGCCAAAGCCAUCUGGCAAUAUUUAGCUCUUUUUUCUAUUUUCUCAGCUUUACAUUUAAUGAGGUGCCUGAAAGGACUUCAAUGCUUUAAUUUGUUUGGUGGACUCAUUUAAAACUUUGUGUUUCUCCUUGAAAGAUUACCACAGGUACAGAAGGAGUCGAAGCCGCAGCCGAAGUAGAAGCCCAAGGAGGAGAAGGAGAAGUCACAGUCCAAGAAAUGUAAGUGAAGCUGUAGAGCACUGAGUACAUGCUUUUUUAUAUGAUUUACCACUGAAAAGUGGUUUCUUGUUUGUGGGGUAGGAUGUAUGGAGUAACAAGAUAGGGAAGUGCAUGGAGAUCUCUGUAUAAAUUGGUUAACAAGUGAAAUGUUGAUGUACAAGCAAGCUAUUUUCAAGGCAGAGCUUUGGUUGACAUUGUCAUAAUAGCAGUUGGCUUUUUUAAGAAUUGAGCAGUUAAUGAAAACAGAUCUGACCCAUUCUUUCAAAUAUAUGUUUGGUCCAGUGCAGCCUAAUAUUGCUAGAUUACUGAUAUCAUGAUACUAUUAUUGAAACACCUGAUGUGAAUUUAAAUAUUUAAUUCUAGUAAACUUACAUGUACUUGUACUUAUAAUGCAAUAUUCAAUAAGAAUAAGCCCAACACCUGUAGUGAAAACCUAAAUGUUAAUCUCUUUGGCUCUGAUGAGAGUUUAUAACUUAGGACAACAAACAUAAAUUUUUCAUUACCAGCCAUCAAAACAGAGUUUGUAAUUAGAAUUAAGUGCUCUAACUAUGGAAGUGCACAUACACUGUAGGAGAUUAGAAAAAGUAAUCAUGGUAAAAUACCUGAACAGCUCAGAAAUAAUUUUUCCUGGCACUUUCUAUAUCUUUUUUUUGCUGGUUUCACAAGCAAAGCAAAGGAGUAAUCAACUUUUAAUUGAAAUAGACAACCUGCAGAGUAUAAUAUGUGGCCUUGAGAAGAUGUGGCUUUGAAAUUAAUUUCUGGAGGACUUCACUUCUCUAUGAAGUAAUUUAAUGAAGUCAAGUUAUACAACUGCACCUAGGAGAUUGAUAAAAGCCAAAGACAAGUUACAGGCACUAGACAACUUGAAAAGUAUGUUUUUGGUCAUGAUCUGUUUACUUUCUUACUUGCUGGUUUCCUUGGAAAAGCAAAAGCUUAGUCAGCUUGUAAAUGGAACAAAAACCUUGCAGAGUUCAAUAUGUUGUUCCAAAAGGAAGAUGCUUUGAAAGUAAUUUAUAGUUGUCUUCACUUCCCUACGGUGUGAUACAAUCUUUUAAAACAAACUUUGAAAUAUUUUUACUCUAUUGUCUAUUUUAAUUUUUGGUCAAGUUACUCCAAAUGUAUGGGGUAGCAAAACAAGUCAAUUGAAUGACUGAAAGUUGUAGGAACAAAUUAUUUAAGAAAGUGUCCAGUGAACUCCAUGAAAAUAUUUUUUUUAAAAUUCAGAUCUGCUUAAUUCACGUUUAACAAAAGCAUUUGAACAAGAGCAAAUCUUUAUCAAGCAGCCUUUGACAAAGUGGUCUUUAAAUUGUCACUUGUUAGAUUCCCAGAACCCAGUACCCCUAGUUGUUAUGAAUUAGACCUCAGUUUAACACAUGCCUCUAUUAACACUCUAACUCCCAGAAUUUAUUAACUUGUAACUUUUCAUUGUGAUCCUUGCAAACAAGUUAUGAGAACAGAGGAAACUUGUCCGCCAGAGGGUGUUAUCUUGAAUUAAAAUGGAUCCACCUUUCCAAGUUACAAGGGAAUGUAUGGAAGUCAGUCAGGAGAAUAGCUAAUUGGAUCUUGAGGGUUAAAGGGUUAAACAGAUGUAUUUACAAUUUUGGCUUAUCAAUUGGUUAAUUUUUUUUAAAUCCACCUCUAUUUAACAGUCACAUAGUUAAAUUAGAAUCAAAUUAUCUGUAUAGGGAAUUUAACUUCAAUCAACAGCAACAAAUAUGAGCUUAUUCUUAAACAUAAAUGGCUCUUUUAGGAGCCACCCAACUUGCAGAAGCAAUGGUCAAUUUCCAUCCAUGUGUAAUUUUUUGGAAAAUGAGUGAUUUUAAUGGUGAAAUGCUUAAAAUUCAGACAAAAUUGUCUAAGUUUCUUUGAUGAAAAAAUCCUGUAAAGUUCAUUUUUUGUAGGGGAAAAAUGUUUCUUUGGAGGGUUUUGGCAAGGUGCUUGAGGACUGUGUGAUGACAAUCAUUCUGUAAGCCUUUAGUAAGAGAUAAACUAGUUUAACUAAAGGCAAAAUGCAAUUAUUUUGGCCAAAAAAAUAAAUCUAAAGGUGAGCAAAGUAUAACAUGGUGACCCCUGAAAGCAAGCUACAUUGUUUGCUGAGCACUCGUGAUACAUUUUUUUCCCUUUGGGGUCCUAUGUUUCUGAGCUGUUCUCUAGCUUUUCAGAGGUUAAAUUUGUUUAGACAAGACUUGUAGUUAUGGAAAAGUUCAGCCUGACACUGCUAAUCUUUCUUUGAAGUUAUAUCACAUGAUGGACUUAGGGCCUGAGGUGAAUGGGCAACUAGCGACACUGUUAUGGAAAGUGGAAAAGCUACUGGAAAAUCAGGAAAGAGUUCUGAAAAAUCAAGAGAAGUUAGUGAAGCUCAUGGAGCAUCAGCAGGUAGCAGUUCUUCCCAGAAAAGUUGUUCCUUCUGGAAGGAGCAUGUCAAAUGGGGUGCGAACUGCAGAUCACAAGCAUCCAAGACCUGAAAAGCACAUCAAACAAAGCCCUGGUGAAGUAAGGCUUUCAGCAAGUGUCCUUGGAGCUGUGGCACAUUUGAAGAAUUUAGCACUCUCCCCUACUAGUCAUACAGGAGUAGUACCCAGUCUGAUUGAAAAGCCAUUGAGAGGUGAAAUAAAGGAGCUAACUGCUUCAUCUGACACUGAAGAGGUUAAUGGUACUUCACAGAGUGAUUCAGUUUCUGGUGAUGGCAACACAACCCUUCAAAAUCCACUUUUAGUGACACCAUUUUGUCCUCUCAAUACUGCUUGUGUUAACUGUGACAGUACUAACAAUGCGGAAAGUCAGGUUGAACUUCUUACUGAUAGUGAUCAAAUGAAAGAACUGUUGUCAUGGGCAGAAAGGAUACAAAAAACUAGCUGCUCUGUGGGAAAUUUUAGUGUAAACCUGGUGAAAGUUCUGUUCGCAAAAGAUGAGAUCUUGAAUAGAAAUUGCUCAGGCACCAGGGGGAAGGAAGCACUUGACAGUGAUAAACUUAAUCUUGUAAGAUAUUGUGCAUUUAAGUUGUACUCUAUUCCUCCAGAGGACCAAGAUAAAGUGUGGAAACAGAAGUGUGUCAUAUCAAUUGAUGAGUAUUUAAGAAGAGGCAAUAGAUCACGUGUUCAAAAAACCAAAAGUGCUCCUUUGGACUACUCAGUAAUAGUUGAAUGUGAAAGUAAUGAUGUUAAAGAUAGUGACAUAGGUGAGAGUAAACCUCUUUAAAAAAAUAACAUUGAUACCCAUCUUCUGUGGAAAGAUUUAGCUAAUGCAAAACUAUAGAAGUGUGUUUUGUUGAAGGUUUUUUUUGUAGACUUGUUUGCCUAGGGGUUUUUUUUUUGGUUAGAAAGUGUAGGUUCCCUGUUUUUUAUUGAAUCAAAUGAGAGAACAGAUUAUUUACACAGAGUUUUUUAAAAAUGGCAACGCAGAUUUUUCAACACAGUUUUAAGAAUUUACACAGAAAAAAAAUUUCACUUGUUCCCAGACAUUUAUAUCCCUAAUGAUUGUUUUUUUUUAACACAUGCAAAAUUAUGUGCUAGUUCUAUUUCAAAAAAGAAAAGUAGCUGUUUAUAAAAAUUUUGAAGGAAGUGUUACAUUUAACUACAGUAACAUUGAUGUAUACAAUAUACAUACCAAGUUCCUGCAUGUAUUUUGGAUGAAAGCACAUAAGUGAUCAUUACUAGAACAGUGAAGAAUGUUUGAAUUUGAAUUCACUUGCAAAAGUUGGCCUUGGGAAAAAAUAAAUUAUUGCAUAUAUCAAAGAGUCAAAGAAUUCUCAUGCAGGUUAAACUUAGUAAGCACUACAGAUUGUACUCACUCGAGAGAUUAUGCAAUUUCUGUGGUCUUUGAAAAAUUUUUAUGCUUACUCGGUCCAAAUUGCAUGAAAAAUCAUUUGUUGAUAUAUUCUUAUCUAGGGUUGAUGAAUGCUGUUGUGAAAAUAGUAUAAGUUAUUGAAAAAAGUGCAUGGUAACCUUCAGUUGUUCCCCUUUAUUUAUUGUGUUUUAGCAGCAGGAAAGUUUACAAUAAGAAAGGCAAUCUGUGUGCCAUGGUGUUACUUGUACUUGAAUAAAGGUGUGAACCUUUCACCGUUUUGGGUGACCAUAUUGAAUGUAACUGUAAUUGUGAUUGACGUCCUUUUGUCCUUAGUAUUAAACUUAAGGUGUGACUGAGACUCAUUUGUAAGGCAACAUCAGUGACAUGAUAGAAUUUAGUUUGAAAGUAAAUCAUGAUGAAAAUUAUUCUUAAUACAUGUAGAGGUUAUUUAACACGGUUUUAGGUUGUAUGGUUGAGUCAUUAAUUUGUAGGUUAGUGGCAUGCAUCAAGCUUGGAUGUCCCAUAGUCUCAAAUGAAGAAGUGAAAUAAACCAUUGUUAGGCAUAUUUAUGUGACUUUUAAUGGUAAAUAUUGAUUUGUUUUGGACUGUUUAGUACAUAAACAGUAAGAACAUUUAACUUUUAACUGAUGCUGUGAUUGAAGGGCUGCACUGGACCCAACUAGUUUCAAUUCAAAUAUAGAUUGAAGCAACAACCAAUUGCAAUAUAUGCUAAUGAGUUACAUCAGUGACACACUCGGCUGCGCCGAAUGUGCCACUUUUUCGUUCUUACCACAUUUUGACGUCAUCUGUGAUCUAUUACUGAACAGACGCACUACAACUUGGAAUCUAUAUGUUAAAUAUUUAUAUGUGAAUCUUGAUUAUAGUUUAUCCUUGUGGUAUAGUGCUCGAUGCGUUCGCAGAGCGUGGAAUAUUUGAAAGUUGGACAAAUCAAUGAGAAAACUUUUCUGUGACUCUGAGUUUCGUACUCACGCGAUCAUCAGACAGAUUUUAAUUAAAGUGAUUUUAAUUAAAAUUAUGAAAAUCUGUCGGAUGAUCGCGUAAGCGCGAAACUCGGAGUCACGGAAAAGUUGUCUUAUUGAUUUGUCCAACUUUCAGAUAUAUAUGUGUGUGUAUAUAUAUUUAUGUAUGUGUGUAUAUAUAUACACAUAUAUAUACACACACACAUAUAUAUAUAUAUAUUUAUACACACACAUACAUAUAUAUAAUAUAAAUUUUCAAUGUUGCAAAGUUUUUGAAAACGGGUGUACAAAUAUAUAUAUAUAUAUAUAUGUAUAUAUUUAUUGGUUUUGUCCUAAUGUAAGUUUUGUAAAUUAUUACCUACAACAAAAUCCAUUUAAACGACACUUGCCUUGGUCCUUAGCUUUUUCAGUCUACAGUGCCUUAAGGCAUGGUAGAGUGCCUGUGAGUCCGUCUAGCGGCCUUACUUACGCAAACGUUACAGUAACUCAUUUGGGAAUUUGGCUUAAAGAAAAUUUCCUAGUUAUCGUGACGCUCUUAAAUGCACUCCUUGUAACCAUCACUCAGUCAAUCACCUCUUUCCACUCCUGUUAACUUUAUGGUAAGUCCGCUAGCGUGUAAGGCUUUCACAUGGUUUUGGUCGAAUUCCGGACAUAAGGCUUAAGUGGGCUUGAAACAAAUUCGGGACUCUGACAACCGACCGCUUAAUACCGGGUGCACAAAUAAGUAUAAUAGUAUAGAUCCAUCAAAGAACUGGCGUCUAAAACUAACAAGACAAUUUUCAGCCUAUUUGAAAGAAGAAAAGCACCAAUUUUUUUUCUAAAGGGUAUGAUUUCUCCUGUUAGGAGAGAGAUGAAACUAGUGAUCAAGCUAAGGAAGGGAAACACAGCCAAUCUCUCGGAAAAAUUCCUAGCGAGAGAGAAAAGGCACAACAAUUAUCAGUUAGGCGUGGCAGUAAUACUCGGGAUGAAGAAGACAUGGAAAAAAGCCCUCCCAGAGGAAAGACGUCCCGGAGCAAAUCUUCAGAUAGGGAUAGUUCGUCUCCUCAGCGGAGGAAUUCACCUAAAAGACGCAGUAAAACACCUGAUCAGAGGCGAAGGCGGAGUCCAUGUCGAGAAAGGCGGGUUUCUUGUGAAAGGAAAUCUCCAGAAAGGCCCAGAAGAAGAGAUAACCGGAAGAGCCCACAGAGAGAUUCAAGAGGUAAGAUACCUUGUGGUGUCCUCAUGGUUAGCUUCUUCGAUCGCAAACGUAAAGUGCUUUAACAAAUUCAAGAACUUUAACGUAUAUAAGAGGAUCUGUAAAAACAACAAAACAAACAUGCCGAAAAAAUCUGAGGAAAGUGACUAGAGCUUUAUUUCUGAGGGAGAUAGCGAGUUGUUUUAACUCAUUCAAUACCGGAUCAAUCGAUGAUUCUGUUGCAAGUAUAGACUCAUUGAACUGAAGCACUUUCAAAUCUUAUCUUUGGUUUCUAAGAUCGGCGAAGUAGUGGUGAUUACAGCAGGCGGCACGAGAGAGACCGGGACCGAGCCAGAAACCGGGAAAGGGAAGGCAGAGGCGGUAGAGACUGGGGAAGAGACAGGCGGUAUGAUAGAGACCGAGAUGGAGACCGCGAUAGAAACAGAGAACGAGAUCGUGACCGGAGUCGAGAGGACGAAAAAGUUGCUUCUCCUGGACAGGAUAAGAAAACAUUUGUUAAAGGUAACACCUCCAAGCCGUUUUCCGUAGUGCUGGUGUACUUGAACAUAAUCUGUUGUAUUUUAUCGGUUAUUUUAUUUUUUUUCGUGAAUUAAAACUGUUAGGAAUAAGAAUUUAAGUGUAUUUAAACCUAUGUCCCCUAGUGUGGCUGCGAAAACCGAGCCUGGCAAAGAACUGAGCAACGUUUUUUCAUCCUGGAUAAUUUAAGCUCACUCAGUCCAUCGUUUUAGUUUAUCCUUAGCUCAGACUCCUCUCAUUCCAGGUCAGCGAUAAAGUUGGAGAUCGAUUCCUUACACAUAGGGCUUUCAAGGUGGAGCGUUUCUUUCCUGGGAUAAAUAAACCUUAUUUGAUAAUAUAAGAUAGGAUACGCAAGGAGAUUUUGUGAGUUGAGCAAAAUAUCUAAUGAUAUUUAAUUUUGAAACAUCGAAUAAGGGAUCUGUUAUUCUACUUUUAUUCAUUUUUUAGUAUUUAAGCUUCUUUUUUUCGGAAUAUAACCAACGACAUUUCCUGUCAGUCGUAUCUGUUGCAUAAAUUGCACUCAAAAAAAACCAAAACAACGCCAACGAAACCAUUUAAGUGACCUUUAUGUCCGUCCAAAACAGUUUGUUUCAAUUGAUAGUUCGUCGCUUAUAAAGUCGGGCCUAAGUGACGUAAAAAAUCAACUUUGGAUUUCUUUACUGCCGUAAUUGUGUUGCUGUGCUUUUCCUCCGUAAUUUCGCCCUUUUCCACAGAAUAUUACUGUCGCAUGACCUUCGCAGACUUUGCGGGUAUUGUUGCCUCGAGAUGAAAAAAUGGGGUAACAGCGAAGUAAUCAUAACAGAAAUAUUUGUAGUUGUUAAAUCUUAAACUUGGUAAAUUGAACUAAAACGUUGUUUUUGUUUCAUUAGACGACCCUUACAUAACAUAUCAACAUUUUAUUCUUCAGCGUCUGUUAACUGUUCAUUUACAGCAACUUCGACUGGCCAACUGGAGACGUUACCACGCCCCGCGCGUCCGCUUACCUCAGAAGAGGUACAGGCCAAGCUGGCGGCCCAUGCAGAGUCACUCAGGAAGCAAGCGCAAGAUGCAGCCUCUAUGCUAAACCUGCCCAGCUAUCUGAACCCUUCUGUCGUGAAUCCGCACCAAUACGCCGUACAGGCACAGAAAAGAAAGCUAUUGUGGAGUGGCAAAAAAACUACAGAGGUAUUUCUGUCUAUGUCGACUUCAACUAACUGAAGGUUUAAGGUUACGAUAUAUCGCUUUGUUUUUUUUUGUUUUUUUUUUUGUUUUUUUUUGUUUGUUUGUCUUUUUGUGCCCUUGACAACUUUCAUUAAAUCGAAGGAAACCCUCACAUUAGUCACAUUAGAAGAUAGAAAAUUCGGUAGAAAUGAAAGUAGACAUUAACGAACCGGAACUAGAAAAGUGAGAAUUUGAAACCAUUUGAAAAUUUGAAUUUGAAAAGAUUUCAAGAUGCAUGAAUAGUAAUGUUUAUCAUUUGCUCUAUUGGGCAGUGGAAAGGUUCGUCAUGACAUCAUCUUUUACUGUUUGGUUUUCAACGUAAACUUACGCGUUUGCAAAUUUAAAGCUAUGGAACGUGUUGUAAUAGAGAUUUGAACCUCAAGGCUAAAAGAGCUGGUCAGCCCGACCUAUCUUUCUCUCUUACCAGGCAUUAUUUUACAAAAAAAAAUAAUAAUCUGUGAAUGAGUGCUGAUGUAUUGGACAAGAAGACUGCUUUUGAGGUGUAACAUUGUAAAACUGCUAAUCUUACACGAUUAUUUCACUCAGCAUAGCUGGCAGUCAAGCUACUUUUUUCAAAGGAUUGUGUUGUCAUAUCAUGCUAAGAAAAAUAGGUAUAAAGUUUGCUGUAAUCCUUAGCUGUAAAAGCUAUUUCCUUUUACAUUACCGAAAGCAUCGUGCUCUUUGGAAAAAACAAGGACCUCUUUUCUGGUGGGGGGUUGAGUUUGAGUUUGGCCAGGAUCUUCAACAUUUAUACUUCUCUAAGUCGCAAUUUCUAAGUCUUGUGUAGCAUCUUUGUGUUAUUAAGCUAAAUACAGAUGUAAUGAAGUUUACUUGUUUCCACUUUGUUUUUUAAUUUUUUCUAUAAUAGGCUACUGCGAGUACCAGCAGCAGCGUGCCAAAAUCCACAAUGUGGAACAGCACGACGUUCAGUAAUGACCAGGGAGGGGAGAUGCAGGCGAAAUUCCGGCGCUUGAUGGGUAUAAAAGGAGAAGGUAAUGCCACCACGACGGGAGAGGUCACACAACCUCAGAACCAGAAACUAAUGGAUGACCUGGAGAAGGAGUUCGAACGAUCGCGCGCAUUUCAGUUAUCAAGGGGGGCUGGUGGGAAGAGUGGAAUCGGACUUGGUUAUUCAGGCACGUGACGUAGGCUCCAUUUCUGCGGAGUACAGUUCAGCCAUUUUCCAAUACUCAAAGGAAAAUUCCAUGCUCACUUACAAAGAAGUUGAAUCCCUAUGAUGGGCAAAAAUGUAAGCAGUUAUUUCCACAUUUUGUAAUUUUCGUGAGGAUUCUUUUUAUCUUGUUUUUGUAGUUUCUUGCAGCCGUAGUGGUCUAUUUGUAUAACUUAAAACGAUAAAAAUGUUAAGUAAAUAUCCUUUAGUUGAAUAACUGUACCAUCAAGUGUUUCUCUUUGAUUAAAUUUGAGAAAGCAC